AUGGCUUCCAGAAAUUCUACCACAGCCACUGUGUUUAUUCUCACUGGCAUCUCAGCUACUCCACAACUGCAGGUUCCCCUCUUCCUCGUCUUCCUGGGGAUCUAUGGGCUGACCGUGGCAGGAAAUCUGGGCAUCAUCACCCUCACCAGCCUUGACUCUCGACUUCACACCCCCAUGUACUUUUUCUUACGGCAUUUGGCUAUUAUCAAUCUUGGCAACUCUACUGUCAUUGCCCCUAAAAUGCUGAUCACUUUUGUAGUGAAGAAGAAUACUAUUUUAUACUAUGAAUGUGCCAUCCAACUAGGAGGGUUCUUGUUUUUCAUUGUGUCUGAGGUCAUCCUGCUCUCUGUGAUGGCCUACGAUCGCUAUGUGGCCAUUUGUAAGCCCCUGACGUACAUGAUGGUGGUAUCUCCACGGUUGUGCCAUCUGCUGGUAGGUGUCACAUACUUUUAUGGCUUCUCUACAGCUGUGGUCGUUUCACCUUGUGUAUUCUCCAUGUCUUAUUGCUCUUCCAAUGUAAUCAACCAUUUUUAUUGUGAUAUUGCACCUGUGUUAGCAUUGUCCUGUUCUGAUACAUACAUUCCUGAAACAAUAGUCUUUGUAUCUGCUGCUACUAACUUGGUUUUGUCUCUGGUUGCAGUUAUAGUAUCUUAUUUCAACAUUGUUUUGUCCAUUCUAAAGAUGCAUUCAUCAGAAGGGAGGAAAAAAGCCUUUUCCACUUGUGCUUCCCAUAUGAUGGCUGUCACAGUGUUCUAUGGGACACUUCUAUUUAUGUAUGUGCAGCCUCAAACUAGUCACUCAUUAGAUACUGAUAAAAUGGCUUCUGUGUUUUAUACACUAGUGAUCCCAAUGCUGAACCCCAUGAUCUACAGUCUGCGGAAUAAGGAUGUGAAGGCUGCUUUGAAGAGAUUCAUGACAAAUCCAUGCUAUUCCUUUCAACCAAUAUAA